AUGGCGUAUAAUCCUUAUGGAGCGCCGCCUUACGGCCCCCCGCCGACCUUUCCCGCCUACCCAGGUGUGCCUAUGGCCCCGGGGAUGGUUCCGCCGCCCGGUCUCGGUCCUCCACCAGGCAUGUCCUCUGCCCCCGGAUUGGCACCACCUCCUGGUGUCCAGCAGCCUCCUCCUGCUACUCAAGCUAAUCGACCAAGCGGCCUACCUGCCUCGUUCCAACCACCCCCAAACUUGAACAUCAACUUUAAUGCUCCCGUAAUUCGCCUGGGCGCAUCUUCCCUUCCCAACAAACCCGGCAUGCCCCAGGGCAACGACCGAAAGGAUUCGCAUACCCCGACCAGUGCGAAUCGCCCGGGUCUCGGCUCCGAUCGCGUCGAACAGUCCCGUGCGCAGCUUAGAGAAAGCAUCCAGAACCUUGUCCCCCCGACACCGGAGGAGAGGCUACGAACGAUAUUCCUGCACAAGAUUCCCGAUGGCCUCGCCGGCGAGGAAGGCGUCCAAAAGCUGCUCAACACGGUUGGCAGGCUGCGGAGGUGGGACUCGGGCCACUCCCACUUGACGGAAUUCAAGGGGGCAUUGUUUGGUUUUGCACAGUACGAGGACCCCGAUUCGCUAGCCAUUGCUGUGGAGUUACUCAAAGAUCUCGAGGUCCCCGUGAAGAAGCAAACACCGACCGAGAAUGAGCCCCCCAAAGACGACGACGAGUCUUUCGCCGCCGAUAUCGACAAGGUCAAGCUGAAGGUCGAGGUUGACGCGAACACGACCAAGUACCUCGAGUCUCGCAAGGAGGAGAGAGGGGAGGACGCGGCCUUUGAGGCGAAACUAGGUGAGGCCAAGGUUGCACUCAAGCAGUUUGUUCGAGACCUCUUUUACCCGCGUCUUCGCACUGGACAGGACGCCGACGGAGACACCACCAUGGCCGAUGGAGCAAAUGCUGGUGGAGAUAACGUUGAGGUUGUCAACAUUCCUCUCGCCCAGGAGGACGAGCUAGCGGAUAUUCCAGCCGAGAUGCGCGAAACCGUUGCCGCCGAAAUCGCAGCUUUCAGAGACAGGAGCAACAAGCGCGAUCUUGAGCGUCUACGUCGGGAAGAAGAAUUUGAGGAGAGGGAACGUCAAAGGAACGGAGCGCCUCGCAUUUCACGCCUGGAUUCUCCUCCGCCUACGGAUGCGGCGAACUCAAAUCACGUCCCGCUUGGUCCGCGUGGUGUGCCUAAUGCGCCAUCAGGACCUCGUGGGCAACAAGGCAGAGGUGUUGAGUUUGUUGGUGGCGGCACAUCGAAUGGCUAUACUUUCAAGGACGAGGACGACACCGAUGCCGAUGACGACGAACUUUACCAACGCGAAGUCAACAAGCAGAAGGCAGAGGAGGAGAAACUCUACUUGGAGGCCGAAAGGAAAUGGGUUAACCGUGAACGCCAACGUGCAGCUGCUCUCGAGCGCGAGAAGGAGCGCGAGAAGGCGGAAACUGAAGGGUUCGCCAGGAGAAGGGAGGAACAGCUCGAGAGGGGGAAGAGCUGGGACGACGAACGUGAGGCAGCCCGUAAACAUCACAUGUACUACCGCGACCACCCGCACUGGGUCAGGAAACGACUACAGGAACGUAACGACGAGCAAGCACGGGAUGAGAUGGAUAGGCGGGCCGAGGAGGACGAGAGGCGCAAGGCCGAAGCAGAGAUGGAACAAGCCAGGGGUAUGGCCGACUCCUUCCUCGAGCGGCAAGCCGAGGAAAUGGAGAGGCGGCCGGCUGCGGCCCCGGCUGCGCCCCAACGGUUUACCAUUUCCUUCGGCGCAGCGGCUCAAAAGGCAGCACAGCGUUCUGCCGGCGCCCGCAGAACAGUUGCCGAAGUUGAAGGUCUCCUGGACGACGAGGAACAGGAGCAGACCACCAAGCGGCAGCUUGUUCCCAUCAAAUUCGAGCCUAUUACUGACACCAAGGCCAUGUCGGAGGAGGAUCUGCAAAAGGCAGUGCGCGCUUUGGCGCAAGAGAUUCCUGCGGAUAAGGAGGGGCUCUGGGCUUGGGACGUCAAGUGGGAUUACCUCGAAGAAUCCAUCAUCAGCGAAAAGCUUGGCCUUUCGUGGAGAGAAGGUGGUGGACACCUGCGCAAGCAUCAAAAGCCCGACGAGCUGGUGGAGACGCUGGGCGAGGCUCUGGACGAGGACGCGGAGGAUCUAGUGAAGAAGUUGUGGAGGAUGGUGAUCUUCUUUACGGAGAGCGAGAAGCGUGGUUUGCCCGCUUAG